AUGAAACAACACUCCAAACAACUCUCCAAACCCCACUCCAAACCCUACUCCAAACCCUACUCCAAACAACACUCCAAACAACACUCCAAACCCCACUCCAAACCCCACUCCAAACAACACUCCAAACCCCACUCCAAACCCCACUCCAAACCCCACUCCAAACAACACUCCAAACCCUACUCCAAACCCCACUCCAAACCCUACUCCAAACCCUACUCCAAACCCCACUCCAAACCCCACUACAAACCCCACUACAAACAACACUCCAAACCCCACUCCAAACAACACUCCAAACCCCACUCCAAACCCUACUCCAAACCCCACUACAAACCCCACUACAAACAACACUCCAAACCCCACUCCAAACCUCACUCCAAACCCCACUCCAAACCCUACUCCAGAUUACCCACCACGUUACCACCGACUUGUGAAACCUCUUCCAACAUGGUACAUGACAAGAGAAGAUGA